AUGGAGCGCACGGGGGUAAAAGACCCACCGCCACCUGCCCACACCGCCCUCCCUCGGGUGCCGGAGACCGGAGGGCGACACCGCGACCCGGGCCACCUGGAGUCCAGCACGAGAGCCGGCGCGCAGGCCCAGGCGGACGGCUCAGGCUCCAGCGAGCGAGGACAGGGACCGGCUCGGCCGCGCGGUCAAGCCCGGAACCCCACCCGCGCCCAGAGGCCCACAUCUCUAAGCCCCCAGGGCUAUCUGGUCGACCCAGGGAACGGGGGGGGGGGGGAGGGGAGGAGGGGCGAUACGCGGUCGGUGGAGACGCCACGCCGCCACGCCGCCACGCCGCCACGCCGCCACGCCGCCACGCCGCCACGCCGCCAAGCCAGUGAUCUCCGAGAGGAGACUUUGAAAAAUCAUCAAAGUUCUCCGGAGGCAGGCACCGUGCGGAGGCCGUCCCCCGCGGCCCUCAGGACCGCCCCGUGCCUACCGCCGUCCCCAACCCCGGCUCGGGCCAGGGGAGGUGGAGGGCCACGCGCGGCAGAGGCAGCCUCACCGGGAAUCGCCACCGGGGCCGGACGCCCGAACGGACGGCCCGCCCACCCCCGCGUGGCACCCGGUCCGACCGCCCGGGACCCACCUCCGCAGCGGGCCUCGGAACAAGGGGAGAAAAUCGCGUCCGACGCCCGGGACCCCCACACGUGCCCGCAGCCGGGUCUGUCGCGCCACCCACGGGCUUCCCCUCCAGGCUCAGACCGGUCCCCGUCGCCAGGGCGUGACCACGGGAGACAACCGAGUGACACGGAAGGAAGGCCCGAAGAUCGCCCGGAGCCACAGGACGGACGGCGGGACACACCCUGUCCCCCGCCCCCGAGGCGGCCCAGGUCGGUCCGCGCGGGCGGAGGAGGAGCCACCGGCGGGUGCUGGUCGACCCACCCAGGCGGCCCGCACGGCCUCCUCCGGGAGCGAGGCGGAGGCGACAGCGGCGACAGCGGCGACGGCGACACUCCCUCGCAGCUCCGGAGGUCCAAUCUCCGGCGAGCGCAUCGCGCGCCGAGGCCCCGGCGACAGCCGGACGCUCGCGCCGGAGCCGCCCUCCUCCUGGAACUCGGCCCCGGGAAACCGACACCAAAGCUGUUCCUUGCCUGUCGCCGCCGAGCCUCCGGAGGGGACACGCUCUAUAAAAGCGGCCGCCAGGUGGCACCCGACAACCGGCGCGAACGACAGCGGGACAGAUCCGGGCGGCGAGGCCGUCAGGGCGCCUCGGAUCUCGCCUCUCGGCCCGGGGACGGCGGAGGGCCCCGGGAGCACACGGCCGCGCACCGCGCGAACCCCCGUCCUCCCGGGGCGGGGGAGCCUUGGAAAACCCGUCCGUCCGUCCGUCCGUCCGUCCGUCCGGGCCCGCUGCCGCCCGGAAAGGGGGUCGCGCUCGCCGCGCGGGGCUCCCGGGACGACUCAGCGUCUGGGACCUGA